AGCAUUGCCAUCCGGUUACACUGGCUGCGCGUAGAAAAUAUUUUGUAGCUUUUUAAUUACAAAAACUUUAAUUAACAAUUGAUAAGAGAAAAAGUCGGAAAAAUAGAGACACCAGUCUAAUGGCAGUGAGCACGGAGAUGCGCGGGUCGAAGGGCAGCAAAGGUCACAACGCCGAAGUAGAGCAUCUGCAGCUGUAACUGUAACCGUUAACCCUGGGUAGGGCGCGGGGGCAGGGUGGCAUUGCUGGUAGGGGUAGGGGUGGUGGACGCAGCGGAAGAGGAAGAGCGGUGGGGACGCCAAGCGGAAGAGAAAGAGCACAUCUCGGGCUCCGGAGGCCAGCGAAAUGGAGCCACCAGCUGCUCCGGUGGCCCUAAAGCCCCUGGCAGCAUCCUCGUCAUGCCUGGCGGACAGGAGCCCAGGGGAUCCCAUAGCAGCCAGGUCGCAGGAGGAGGAGGAAGAAGAAGAGGAGGAAGACGAUGAGGACGAGGAGGAUGAUCCCAAGGAGGAGGAGGCCUUCUACGAGGCGCGCAACGGCAACGAAAGCGAUGAACUGGAGCAGGCCUUCCAGAGCGCCCUCACCCUGACUAACGAUGUCCAGGUGAGUGUCAGCGAGGCCGAGGUAAAGGAGCAGGAACAGGAGCAGUCACUGCCAUCUGGCAAUCAGGAAACGGAGGAGCAGCUGGGGGCCUGCGCCCUGGCCAGCCCACCAAGUGAAGCAUCGCCCAAGGAGGUGAAACCCGCGGAGGCCAGGGAGACCAGAGAGCCCCGCCACCAGACCCUGCUCUCCACCAAAUCCUGCGAGACGCCGGCCAACAAUGCCACGCUGUCGCCCACUAACUCCUACAACGGCAGCAUCGGCAGCGAUGGCGGCAGCAGCGUGGGCGGUGGCGCCCGCCGCAAGUCCUGGACACUGUCGCCCCAAAGCGGCGGCUCCACGCCACUCAGCGGCGCCAAAAAAAAGACGAAGGCAGGUGCUCCACCCGCCACCACACUGUCGAAUGCCAAUGGAGACGGCUUCAACCUGUGGGUGGCUCGCGAAUGCUUCGAAACCGUGCCCGCCGAGAUGGUGGACACCCUGAGCAUGGCUGAAGUGGACGAGGAGGUCGAGGAGGAGGAGGACGAGGAGGCGGCUGCUGUGGAGAGCCUGCUGGGGGCCGCCGCUGCCCUUCAGGCCAGUACCCAUGUGCAGCGUCGUCAGCAGCAACAACAGCAACAGAAGCAGCAGCAACACCAUCACCAUCUCCGCCAGCCUUCGCCGCCGCAGCAUCGUCCGCUGGAGCGCUCCUGGCCGCCUCGGGCCGUUGGUCGGGACCUAAAGCUGCAGGGCGAUGUCUUCCAGUUCGACAUCCUGGACACGGACGAGCGACUGGCCGAGGAUAUGGUCCAGGGCAGUGGCAGUUCGAAUAACUCACCCCUGGCCACGCCACCCGUGCGAUUCAAGCCACUGCUGAAGAAGAAAAUUGGUCCGGACAGCUACAUCAACACGAUCAGCACACAAAAGGUGCCGGUUAACCAGAGCUAUGAGUUUCCCACCUUCCCCAGUUCCUCGGGUGUCGGAUCCUCGUCGCCAAACAGUCUGCAAUUCCCGUAUCUGCGUCAGCACCGUCCGCUCACCCGUGCCCUGUCCAACGGCAAGGCCAGCUCAUCGGAGGAGCAAGCCUCGCCACGUCUACUGCUGUCACCAAAACGCCCGCGAAGUCCUCCCUCGGGCUGCUCCACGCGCAGUGCCUCUCCGCUGGAUCUCAGUCUGAGUCCGGAGCAGCACUCGCCCACCAGGGGUAGGGGAGUGGGUGGAGCCCUUCAGGAUGCGGUGCCUCCAGGAACGCCAACCUUCCACGGCCAGCGACCGCAGCAGCGUCUGCUCAAGCGCGUGGGCGGCGGAGCUGGAGCUGGUACCGCAGGAGGAACCACUGGAUCGCCCCUGGUAUGUCCGCCCACGCCCACUCACCAUGCCCGACGGCAUGCCCGCCUCCAAGCCGUCACUGCCAACUCCAGCCUCGCCAGCGGCGGAGGGAUCCAGGUCCCAUCGGAUCCCCCAGCCGUCUCUAGUCAUUUGGAUUACGUCUACCGGCACGAUGGUGCCCAGGAGCAGAGUCAGGAGCCGCCGGACGAAGUGGUGCACAUUAGCAGCACACGCCUGCCCUCCAUCCCAGAACGCAGUGCAGCAGCAGCCGCUGCGGCGGCGGCAGCAGCAGCUGGAGCAGCUCUAAUGGAGCCGGGGUCGGGCACGGUGUCCGGAUCAAGCGGAAGUGGAGCCGCGGGAGAGCCACCACUGCCGCCCGCUUGGGAGGCGCGCAUGGAUAGCCACGGACGCAUCUUCUACAUCGACCACACAACGCGGACGACCUCCUGGCAGCGACCAGGAGCCGCGCCCAGUGGUGGACCAGCGGGAAGAGAGCAGCACCAUCGCCAACAGCUGGACAGACGGUAUCAGAGCAUCCGCCGCACCAUAACUAAUGAGAGCAGAGCCGCGCAGCUUUAUAACCUGCCACCAUCGGCCACUAGCAGCGCCAAUCCCGGUGCUCCUGCUGCUCCUCCACCCGCCUCGGCCAUCCAUCCCGCUAUCCUGAUGCUCUGCCGUCCGGAUUUCUACUCCCUGCUGCACACCAACGAAGCUGCGCUGGCCAUCUACAACCGAAAUGCUGCGCUAAAGCACAUGGUCAUGCGCAUCCGUCGGGAUCCGCAGUGCUUCCAGCGGUACCAGUACAACAAGGAUCUGGUGGCGCUGGUCAACACCUUCGCCCAGAUGAGCCGGGAGCUGCCCUCCUGCUGGGAGACCAAGCUGGAUCAGUCGGGCAAGCAGUUCUUCAUCGACCACCAGCACCGGCGCACCUCGUUCAUGGAUCCCCGCCUGCCGGUCGAGUGUCCGCGUGUGGUGCGCCAUCGCCAGCAGCAUCCGCAACAACAGCCGGGCGUGGGCUACUACUACCCGGAUCUGGUGGACGGCAACUGCUUGUCGGCCACCAGUGGGCAUAUUAAUGCCAGUCCCGGCUCCUCGGUGUCCGGAGUCCCGCCCCUGCCGCCGCCCAGGCCCUCAUCGUCCUCGUCGUCCUCCGCCAGGAGCAGCCAUGGACAUGGCCACAACUGCACCACCACGGCAGCCAUCGCCUGUGCCCUCAGCAUGGAUCGCUCGACAGGCGGAGCAGCCGGAAUGGCCGGCGUGGGGGCCACGGCAGCCGGGUACGAGGAUGUGCCCAUUGCAUACAACGAAAAGGUUAUCGCCUUUCUGCGCCAGCCGAACAUCCUGGAGAUCCUGCGAGAGCGCCAGGGCCAGCACACCAUGUCCCGCCCGCUCCGAGAGAAAAUCAAUAUCCUGCGGGUGGAGGGUGUUCCCGCUCUCGAGAGAUUGGGCCAUGACCUACAACUAACCAUUUUGCUGAGCCUGUUUGAGCAGGAGAUCAUGAGCUAUGUUCCUAUCGAAGAGCGCAGCCCGCAGGGAUCGCCGGUCCUGAGUUCCCGGAUGCCGCAGCGGGCGCCGCCUCCGUUCCGCAGGGACUUCGAGGCCAAGCUGCGCAGCUUCUACCGCAAACUGGAGUCCAAGGGCUACGGCCAGGGGCCCCACAAGCUAAAACUGCACAUCCGCCGCAGCCACCUGCUGGAGGACGCCUUCCGCCGCAUCAUGUCCGCCAACAAGAAGGACCUGCAGCGCGGCCGCCUCGCCGUGCUCUGGGACACGGAGGAGGGCCUGGACUACGGCGGGCCCUCGCGCGAGUUCUUCUUCCUGCUGUCCCGCGAGCUGUUCAACCCGUACUACGGCCUGUUCGAGUACUCGGCCAACGACACGUACACGGUGCAGGUGUCGCCGCUGUCGGCCUUCGUAGACAACUGCCACGACUGGUUCCGCUUCAGCGGCCGGGUGCUGGGCCUGGCCCUGGUGCACCAGUACCUGCUGGACGCCUUCUUCACGCGACCCUUCUACAAGGCGCUGCUGCGCCUGCCGGUGGCGCUCAGCGACCUGGAGUCGCUGGACAACGAGUUCCAUCAGUCGCUGCAGUGGAUACGCGACAACGACAUCGGCACCGGCGUGGAUCUGGGCCUCACGUUCUGCGUCACCGAGGAGUUGCUCGGCCGCGUGGUGGAGCGCGAACUGAAGCCCGGCGGCAAGAACAUCAUUGUCAACGAGAAGAACAAGAAGGAGUACCUGGAGCGCAUGAUCAAGUGGCGGCUGGAGCGCGGCGUCCAGGAGCAGACCGAGUCGCUGGUGCGCGGCUUCUACGAGGUGGUCGACUCGCGCCUCGUCUCCGUCUUCGAUGCCCGGGAACUGGAGCUGGUGAUCGCCGGCACCGCCGAGAUAGACACCAACGACUGGCGCCUUAACACGGAGUACCGCUCCGGCUACCACGACAACCACCAGGUGAUCGUGUGGUUCUGGCAGGUCAUCGAGCGCUUCAGCAACGAGCAGCGCCUGCGGCUGCUGCAGUUCGUGACAGGCACCUCGAGCAUUCCCUACGAGGGCUUCUCCGCGCUGCGCGGAUCGACAGGCCCGCGGCGCUUUUGCAUCGAGAAGUGGGGCAAGCCGAACGCCCUGCCCCGCGCCCACACCUGCUUCAACCGGCUGGACCUGCCGCCCUAUCCCACGCCCGAGCUGCUCUACGAGAAGCUGCUGCUGGCCGUCGAGGAGACCAACACGUUCGGCAUCGAGUAGGCACGUGAUAUUGCACCUCAGCCUCACCUUGUUGCACCCACAGAAACACCCCAAAACGCUUUAUUUCGAUUUUAGAAGUUUUUUAUAACUUGCCUAAGUGUAGGAAUUCGGGGUGAUGCAGAAAUCCCAGGAGCUUGACCUAGAGUUUGUUAUGAGAUGUAUUGAAUUGAAGGCAAUCGGCAUUUUAAAUGUUUCUUACUAGGUUUCCAUUGCCAAUCCCCAAUAUUCUCCGAAAAGAUUACCGAAUAUGAACCUGUUGAACUUCCUUAGGGCAAACUGCGGCAUUUCAAAUAUUCUUACUUCUUAAAAUUAUUUGGUUUCAAAUGCGUAUGCUUGAAUAUACUACGAUUUAUAUAAGAUGUUAGGUAACUGAGAUGGACUUCUUAAUCUUUUGGUACUCCAUACUUGUUAGCUAUUUCUAGGCUUCCUAAUUUUGUAUAAAUUUACUAGGAUUUCUGCAACGCCCCGGGUUGUACUGUAGUUAUUUAUAUACGUAGGUUACCCGUCCCCUUAAAAAAGAAAGAAAGAAACGUGAAAAGCCUAGCCAUAGACAGACUCGCUACUUUAGGCAUGUCACCCCUAGUUCGUAGAUAAUUUGCCUUUGCCUUCGUUUGCCGUUCACUGAAUGGAAGUGUUACCUCAAGAGCAAAACGGCUUGCCAGCGCCGCCAGUCAUUAGUCCUAAGAUCUACACCCUGUAUAACCCCUAAGCCUAAGGAUCCUUCGCUUGACUCUCUGCCUGACUUACAAUCGAAUUCGAAACGAUGCCAACUGCCUCUAGAGAAAUUUUCAAAGCGAAAACGCUGCUCCGGCAGAUUCGGAUACAGAUACGAACGCUGUUGAACAGGCCCCAAAGAAUGAUGACGAGAGCAGAGCAACUCUACUACGCCAAUACUUAACUAGCUUAUAAUGUUGUCUUAGCCUUAACUCGAAUUCCAACUCAAAUUUGAACACUCCCUAGAUGUGUGCAUUCCAAAAUAAGCGUAUUGUGGAUGUCAGUUAUUAUAUAGCAUAUAUAUAUAUUACUCCCCCUCUCUCCUUCAACCCAAAAAGUACGUAAAUUGUUUUUUAAUUUAUGUACGAACCCUUUGACUAUCUGUGCGGAAGUUUCCCUGUGCAUCCCGCCUGUCACUUGACCAAAUCUCUGGCCAGGAUGGACUGCACAUGGCAGCUCCCAGCGGGUCUAUAUGGUAUAUUAUAUAUACAACAAUUGGCUGCUGUUUUGCCAACGAUUACAAAUUGGUCCAGUGCGUUGCUUCGGCUUUAUUGGUUCUUUCGGCGCAUAUAAUUAUACGGAUUAUAUAUUUAACGAAAACAUACAAAAUUCCAAAACGUAGCUAAAUAAUUGAAAACAAAAGAAAAAACUUUUUUAUUAUUACUAGUAUUAAUCGAAAGCGAGAACGGAACGAAAAGAUAACUAAAUGGUGAUUUGUUUACAUGUAUUUUUGGCAUUAGUUAAUACGGAAAGCGAAAGAGACGGAGAACCGGAGAUGGAGAGAGACAGAGCGAUAGACAUGGAGUCAGUGAAAGAGACAGAGAUAGGAAGAUAUAAAACGCUUUUUGAACUACUUAUUGAUAAAUGAAUUGUUUUAAAGAAUUAUUAAUGUGCGUGUAUUUAUGAACAAAUUAACUAUAAUUAUUAACAAAUAAAUGUGAGCCUUUUACUUCGAAAGCAAA